UUUAUACAAAUGGGUUGUGGGAACAGCUGUGGUGGAGGUCAAAGCUCACUCAAUUAUCUCUUUGGUGCUCCUCCUGCUCCUAAGCCCGCUCCUGCUGAACCAGCACCGGUAGCUGUGGCUGCAGGAACCGCACUCACUACCCCUGCAACUACUGUUGAGCCUGCUGAGCUGAACAAGCAGAUACCUGCUGGUAUCAAAACUCAUGUUAACAACUAUGCCCGUUCUGAAGGACAGAACACCGGAAACUUCCUCAUUGACCGUCCUUCCACCAAAGUUCAUGUAGCUCCUGGAGGUGGAUCGUCUCUGGAUUAUCUCUUCACUGGUGGCAAGUAAACAGAAACAAAAACAUUCUGUGUAAUGCAAAUGCGUAUCCAUUGUGUCUCUCUUUCACUAUAAAACUGUUUGAUGUGAGCCUUUAAAUGAUAACAAGUCAGUUUCUUGUCAAC